AUGGAAAACCUACCACUUUUACCAGGUUAUAGAUUUCAAGAUCCAAGCAAACAUAUCUUUUUAAAGAUCAAAGACUAUAGAUUAUUACAAAAAUUUCAUUUUUUAAAUGGUUAUCGUGUAGUACGUGAUAGAAACGCUGGAAUUGGAGGAAGACCAAUAGAUGUUGCAUCUAGUGCAUAUGUAAAAGAAGAAGAUUCUGCACAUUAUGAUCCAUCAUUAACAUAUGGUCGCGUAAAACAAUAUGCAUAUAGACAAUUUGUUCCACAUUAUGUGCAUUUUGCACAAAAAUGCCUUUGCUUUAAAGCAUUUUUUCGCCAAGGCGUAUUUAACUCUCCAGACGAACAUUUCCGUAUACGUCACGUUAAUAUAUUAUAUUAUUUGGAAGAUGAUACUCUAUGUAUUAUUGAACCGACAGUUAAUAAUGCUGGCUUUCAGCAAGGAAAACUUGUUAGACGCAAUAAAAUUGUAAAAAAUAUAAAUGGCGAUACAUUUCAUUGGAAAGAUUUUAAUAUUGGAAUUGAUAUAUGUAUUUAUGGUGUAGUUUAUCACAUUACUGAUUGUGACUUAUUUACUAGAGAAUUUUUAAAGAGUCAAGGAAUAGAUGUUGGAGAUAAGGAAGAGUCUCCUAUAGAUCCUUAUAUAGAACUAAGAAAAAAUAAACAAAAAAUAUCAACAUGUAUUACAAAAAUUCCUGAUGAUGUUAGACGGCGGUUUUUAGAAUAUGAUAAAAUGGUAUUAUUGUUUAUUGCAACUUGGAAUAACGAUGUUUAUCACAUUACAUAUUUCUUAACGGACGAUACGAUAGCUGUCCGUGAAAUACAAAAACCCAAUAGCGGAAAAGAUCCUGUACCAAUGUUAUUAAAAAGAAUGAAAGUACCAAAAGAUUGGAAAAAUUUACCAUUGUCGUAUCCAGCUAUAUAUAUGGAAUACGGCGAUCCAGAGAUUACCGAAUAUUAUACACCAAAAGAUUUUUUAAUAGGAAAUACCAUUUUUAUAUUUAAUCGACGAUUUCUUUUACAUGAUUGUGAUUCUUUCACACGGAAAUAUUAUUCAGAUAUGUUAGGAAUAAUACAACCAGAAAAAAUUCCUCUUCCAAUAGAAGAUGACGUUAGGAUCUUACCGGAAUAUAAAUCACCACCGCACAUAAUUUUCGGUACACCUGAAGAUACUUACGCUUCUUGUUUAUCAUUUAUACCAGAACGACCUAAAAAAGAUGUUAUUCGACAACUUGUUAAUUUUCCUAAAAAACUACGUUAUUCUAUGCAAAUGGAUGUGGUGCAUCCAGAAGACAAAAAUCGCGAUUUCAUUUUAGAAUAUAGUUUAAGUAAUGGUACGAUACUCGUACAAGAACUUGAAAAACGUAAUUCAGGACGUCGCGAAGGUUGUUUUCUCAGAGCUACAUUAGUUCCAAAACCGAAAACUGGAAGAGAUGAUCCAGAAUAUUAUACUCCUCAAGAUUUUUAUAUUGGUGCAAAAAUUAAUAUUUUUAAUCAUUAUUUCAUUAUAACUGGUACUGAUCUCUUUGUAUAUCGUUAUAUCGAAACAAAUCCUGAAAAGUUUCCAUUAGAAGUACGAAAUAGCGUUCGUAAUUAUUUAGUCAAACAAUUACUUUUUGAUGAUAUAAAAGUAGAGACCAAAAAAAUUCAAGAUAAGGAGGAUAUGAAAUUACAAUCGAUAAAACCGGCUGAAGUUAGUAUUAAAAAAGAUAUUGAUAUGGAAGAAUGUGUAAAACAUUUUGAAGCUCAAAGUAAAUGUAAAUAUGAAGGAGAACAUGGUGAAUUAAGACCACGUACACCACCACCAGAAGAACUCUGUCCAAAUUUAGCAACAAAACCUCAAUUAUCUGAACAAUGUCAAGAUCCAAAUAUAUUUACCGAAAAUAAAAUAAAAAAGCGAAUAACAUGGGAUGAUGGGAUGAAACAAUAACAUUAUUCCUGUCAAUAAUUACAUUCAACAUAAUAUUUUUAACGAAUCUGCAAAUACAUUAAUUUAUCGCAACGAAGAUUUUUUUAAUUCAAAUUUUUUAAACUAUGUUAAUAAAAUAAUACAUCAAGAUAUAAUUAUGAAAAAUAAAUAUCAUAUAUAAGUUAUAUCAUAUAUACGUUGAACGUAAUUAUUAUUAUUUAUUAUGUUUUGAUUACAAAAUCAAAACUAAAUCAUAUUUUUUAGAAAAUUCAUUGUUUGUACAUGGUAUAGUUCAUGUGAAUAUUAAAAUUCAUAGUUCAAUUCAACAUUUAAUCAAAUACGAUUAUACAACGUAAAUACUAAACAAUAUGAUACAUUAUCAAGUAUACUAUUUGUAUGUCUGCAUAUUAUAAUGUAAUAAUAAUAUACAGAUAUGCAGUUUGUAUACAUAUGCAUAUGAUGCACAUGUAUGUAUGCAUACGAUUUACUAAUCAUAAAAUAAAAAUAAAGUUUAGAUAAAUCUUUGGAAUCUAAACAAAAUUUAAAAAUAUUGAAAAAGAAAUUAUUUUUAAUAUUAAUAAUUUUUCAUAAAAUAGUUUUUAAUAAAUUGUUUAAUAAAAUGUUUUAAGUAUUACUUGACUAUGAAAUACGAAAAUUUAAUAUAAUUUAGUUUACAUUUAAUUGUUUCUAAUUAUUUAAAUAUUAAUAUCUAUGAGCAAUUUAUUCCACUUUAAAUUGAAAUAAUUCAAAAACAUUGACUAAAAAAUUUUAACAUUGAUACAUUAGUUUAAUAAAAUAAUUUACUUCUGAAAUAUUCAUAAUAUAGAAAUAAAAAAAAUUUUUCUCGUAUGUUAUUCUCUUUUUUUGUUAUUAAUUAAUUGUAUAUGCAAAAGUAAUUAUUUAAGUAAUAUUACGAAAUUAUAAUAAUAUAAUUCUUUACAAAUUUUGUACGAUUUUUUUGAAAAAAUAAGAUUAAAUCAAAAUUUUAUAUUAUAAUUACCUUGUAUAAAAUCUUAUCAUUUGUAACAUGCUUUUAAUUUGCGCAAUGAAAUAUAAUUUUUAUAAAAUUUAAA